AUGGCGCGAAAUUCGGAAAAGGCGCAGUCGAUGCUGUUUCGCUUCCGCGAAGCGCAAGCUGCCGACCUAGGCGUCGUCGACAUUGGCCGCACGCGGCGACCGCGCGCCAUCACCGAAGUCGAGUCGAUCCCGAUAUGCGAGAAAUGGCGCGGGCAGGUGCUCAAGGAGAUUUCGCGCAAGGUGUCGCGGAUCCACGAGCCGGUGCUGAGCGACUACCAGGUCCGGGACCUCAACGACGAGAUCAACAAGCUGAUGCGGGAGAAGCACAUGUGGGAGGUGCAGAUACGGAAUUUGGGCGGCCCAAACUACAUGCGCGGCGGCACAAAGGUCUACGACGAGCAGGGGCGCGAGGUGCCCGGCGGCGGGAAAGGGUACCGGUACUUUGGCCGCGCCAAGGACCUGCCGGGCGUCAAGGAGCUGUUCGAGGCGGCAGCGGCCAAGAUGGCCGAGGACGGCAAGCCGCUAGAGACGAGCAAGGAGCUGCGCAGGGCGGUGGACGCAGCGUACUACGGCUACGCGCCGGACGAGGAGGACGAGGCGCUGCUGAGGUACGAGGCCGAAAAGGAGCGCCAGGCCGUGGAGAAUCUGCUCAGGAACGGCGUGCAGGAGCCGCCGGAAGGGUGGGAGCCGCUACCGGGCGACUCGGGCGAUGGGCAUGUCGUGAGCCUCCCGACGCUGGAGGAGGUGCAGGAGGAGCUGAUUGAUCGGAGACGACGAAAAUUGCUGGAGCAGCUUUGA